UCGAUCUCAACCUCAUCUGAGUGAGGACUCUCCUUUUUUUUACAAGCAAUACCUUACGUUCAAGUCGCUCAUUUUCUCUUCAUGGAUUACUCCGGCGCGGGUCACCGGCAAUCCGGUCACUCUUUAUACACCAAGUUGUUCAACGCUCCACCAAGUCCAGGUGACUUGGAUUUACAAGAGAAACCCAUAGUAUCCGUCACACAACGAAGCUACACAGUCGAUAGCUUCACAAAUCUCAAGGAAAAGACCAUCGAAUACGCAAAAUCUGACUCAAGCGAUGUCUUCUCCCAGAAUCCUGCACCACUCCUCCAAGAACUACUCGAGCAGCCGAAGCAGGCGAUCCGAAAAGGAUUCUGGGCCAACUCUACCAAACUCCUUCCCCAUGUGGCUGCCAGCAUAGUCAUCGCUGCUGUUGUGGGAAUCAACUUUCUCGACCUGUAUUGGAUGGAUUUGGUUGAUCCCACAGUGGAAAUCCUUCCUGGCAUCACGCAAGGCGGAGCGUUGAAUGCGCUUCAAUUGGCGGCAAAGCUUGUCGAACUCGUUCUGGUCGCCUCCUUGGCGAACAUUGUGAUGCAUGUUGCACAUGCACACCUCGUCGGAAAUCAUGGCCUACCCCUAGGGCUAAUCGCCAACGCCUUCUCAAUUGGUUCAGGCGAUUUCUUGCGAACAAAAGCCUUCUGGAAAACAGCCUGGACUUCCAAAGCACAUUACUGGCGGUUUUGGCUGCUCUCUUUGUUUGCGACGUUACUAGCAACCCUUGCCGGUCCAUCCUCUGCUAUUGCAGUUAUCCCUUCACUGAACUGGUUUCCAGUGGACAGACCUUUCGACAAUGAUGUACUGCCAUAUUAUGUGUUCAACGAAAGCACAGCUCUUUGGCCUGAUACCGUUACUGCCGCAAGUGUCAACAGUGCUGAUUCAGGCAUCAACUGUACGGAGGCCACGUUUUCUACCCUGGUCCAGGAAGUCUGUCCUGCCGGAGACUUCAGAGAUUUGUAUUCAUGGUCAGGCAACCUGCUGUUCGUCAACUCGUCCUCUGGGAGUAACGCCUCCAUUCCUGAUUCACGAGGGGAUACUCGAAGAAUUCUGUCGACGCAAAGCUGCAAGAGCGACUUUGACGGAAGGGCAUCGGGCAUGACACUGAACUCGUUCAUUACAGGAGCACUUACACAAUGGUGGAGUUUUGCAUUGAACAAUUACGAAGGGCUAGGUCUGAGGACCGCGCAGCCGCGACUCACUCUACGAACUCCGAUAUAUGCCCCGAGGGUAGAAGUAUUGUGCGACGGAUUCGACUAUUCUAAUGUUUCUGAAGUUGAAAACCGGGGACCGGUCAACUUUCCCAGUUUAGACUCCAACAGAACGCUUCCGAGGCCUGGUUUCAGGCUGCCAUACAAUGGUACAUUGAAUGCGACAGAUGUUCAGUGGGUUGAGAUGCCAAAGGGCACUGAUACUCCAACACUCGGAGUGGCGGUUAGAGUGCCGUGGAUCUACUUCACAGAUGCAAGCAUGACAGAGACGCGGCAAGCAACCGAAAUUCAUGCCUGCAGUAUUUAUGCUUCAUGGGUACCUGUGUUCGUCUGGUACGAACCCAGAAGCAGUGACCAAGUUUCUUUCUACGUCGAAGGCGAGCUUCCGGAUACAUGCCUGACAAUCCCACGAGUGCCUUCUACCGGCCGAUCGAUCCGCGAUAUGGCCAUUGACCUGCAGUACGCCGAAGCUAUCAAUCAGCCUAUUCCUUUCGACUCGGGGGAUGUUCCUGCUAUAACGGCCAUGCUGAAUCAACUGACCUUCCCUCAAGGGGCCGUUGCACCCACCAACGAAACAGGAUAUGCUUUCAGAUCUCCCAUCCUCGGAAAAGCGAAUGGUGACAAUUUCGUCCCGACUACUCAGGACGACGUGCGGAGAAGUAGAGCCAAGUUGAUAUCGACUCUGCUCGCUGGCGUCGUUACCGAUGGUCUUGCACGUAUCGCUGGCGGUGGAAUUUUCCCUUACUCGGCCGCUAUGUUCUUGACCAAUAAGACCGAUUCAAAUGAUAGCCUCGUUGGCCGGUUUGUUGUCUCUUCCGCCGUGGGUGGACAGGAUGAAUCGUUGAACGCGACAUCUGCGGAUAUCGAGAAUUGGCUCAGCAUCGACCCUGUCUUCUCGCGUUACGGCUAUGGAUAUCGUUGGCAAGGAUCCGCAACUGCUCAAUUCGGGAUCAUUGUCUUACUCGUUCAUGCCACCCUGGCCAUCAUGCAUUCAGUGUUUAUACUAUAUAAGGUCCUGGUUGUCAGAGACGGUUUGGUCUGCUCCUGGACGACAGUGGCGGAGUUUCUCGCUUUGGCCAUGAACUCAAGCCCGUCACCGAGGCUACAGAAUACUUGCGCGGGAGUCAGCACGGCGAACACUUGGAGGCAAGAGAUUGCGGUGAGGGAAGCAUACCGCGGACAUCUUGAGCUGGUAGUUGGCGCUCAUGACAAGGCUCGUCAUUCAAAGCCACAGGCUGGGCAGGUAUACGGCCGGUUUGUUGAUUGACGUCUUUUGUUCGGGUUCACUGCCCCAUAUUCGAGUCUACCUGGGACUCAAACACUGUGUCAAUAGUCUAAAAUUGGAUAGCGAAACCAUACCGAUAGACAGAACGAGCGGUGGCCAAAGGGCGGAGCCAAAGAGACUGAAAGCCUUGGAACAUUGCUGUCAGCGUUCAAUUUGCAUUUCUUGGAGGCAGAAAUGUAGUGGGUGCAUUAAGCCGCUGAACGUACCCUGCUAGCUGACAUAUCCA